AUGCAAUCAAAUUCCAAGAGUUUGAGCCUAGCUCCAGCUUUGAAUCUCUUUCCAAAUCUGAAACCCCCUCACAAAACCCUACUAUUCCACCAAAUUUGUGUUCUUUUUAUCACAUUUCUUGCAUAUGCUUCAUUUCAUGCAUCUAGGAAGCCUCCCAGUAUUGUUAAGAGUGUUUUGGGACCUACAGCUCCAACCAAUUUAACUCAAUUUCAGGUUUUGGAUUCCAGUAUUGAUUUAGGUUGGCCCCCUUUUAAUGGAACUCAGGGAACCCACCGGCUCGGCGAGGUUGAUCUCGCAUUUCUCACUGCUUACUCUGUUGGUAUGUAUUUGGCAGGGCAUGUUGGAGAUAGGAUUGAUUUGAGGUUGUUUCUUGUGUUUGGGAUGAUGGGUAGUGGGGUUUUUACAAUACUUUUUGGGUUAGGAUACUGGUUAGAUGUUCAUGUGUUAGGAUUUUUCGUCGGUGUUCAGAUUUUUUGUGGAGUGUUUCAGUCGAUUGGGUGGCCUUGUGUUGUUGCAGUUGUGGGGAAUUGGGUCGGGGAAUCAAAGAGGGGAUUGAUAAUGGGGGUGUGGAAUUCGCAUACCUCGGUGGGGAAUAUAAUUGGUUCGGUUAUUGCUUCGGGAGUCUUGGAAUUUGGAUGGGGUUGGUCAUUUGUGGUGCCUGGAUUUAUGAUCAUUUUAGUUGGGGUUUUGGUGUUUUUGUUUCUUGUUGUGAAUCCGGAGGAUAUAGGGUUCACGCAUCCUGGAAUGGACGUUGAAAUGACUGUUGAGAUAGACGGCGCGGAGGAUCCGCCAAAAGUUGAUUCCGAGGAAGUAAAGCUUAUUGAUCCUGAUAAUUCGGUUACAGAUUCUUCAUCUGCUAUUGGAUUUUUAGAGGCAUGGAAGAUACCUGGAGUCGCUCCGUUUGCAUUUUGUCUCUUUUUCUCAAAAUUUGUUGCUUACACUUUCUUAUACUGGUUACCCUUCUACAUCAGGCACACAGCGGUUGCUGGUGUUAAUCUAUCUCACAAAACUGCUGGGUUACUUUCAACAAUAUUUGACAUUGGAGGAGUCCUAGGAGGAAUAACAGCCGGUUUCAUAUCUGAUAUGAUUGAAGCGCGUGCUGUUACUUCAAUUAUGUUCUUGUUUCUAUCAAUUCCAGCCCUUCUUUUGUAUCGUUUUCUUGGGAGCAUCUCUAUGUUUACCAACAUCACUUUGAUGUUUCUUUCUGGAUUUUUGGUGAAUGGUCCAUACUCGCUAAUCACAACUGCUGUGGCUGCCGAUCUCGGUACUCAGGGCUUUAGUGGUGGGAAUUCUCGGGCACUGGCUACUGUUACUGCAAUCAUUGAUGGUACUGGUUCCGUCGGAGCUGCUCUUGGACCACUUUUAGCAGGUUAUGUUUCAACUAGGGGAUGGAACAGUGUAUUUUUUAUGCUCGUUUUGUCUAUUUUCUUUGCUGGUUUAUUCUUGAUUCGAGUUGCAAGAACUGAGAUACAAGAGAAACUUUCAGGAAAGUGA